AUGGACCUCCUGGGUGGACCGAGUGGUCCAGGGGGAGCCACAGGUCGGUCAAGCUCAGUCCCCAGGAGGGUGCAAGCAGGGACAGAUCUUUGCCCGGUGUGCCAGGUGAAGAACCCCUGGCUACAGUCAUCACGGCUCCGCUCCAGGAGCCUGAUCUACCUGGACCUGGUCUACCGCAAGGGUACUCUCGCCUCUCCCGGCCCCAGGCUCCGCUCAGCCUCGCUCCAGUCCCUCAACCUUGACCCCCCUCAACAAACAGAACCCCUGUGCCCCCUGCCACAGAGACAGCACAGAGAGUCGAAGAUACCAUUGAGGGAGCGUUCGCCCUCAGUUGGCCCAGCUACCAGCACUACCACACCCCAGAGAGCCCAGCCUUCCAUCAUCUCUGACCUGCUGCAGCUGCUGCACUCCAUCCACAGACCACCAGUGCCAGGUGCCCCCGGAAGCCGCAUCCCCAUACUGCGUAGGAGGCCCGGCGACGGACAGCCGCUCCCCCCAAGACGCAGCCUCACCCCUUGGGCCUGGCACAGACUGAGGGAGGCAGAGUGGAGGUCCCUCCAGGACCUCACUGAGGAGUUUAAUGAUGAUUACAUGCCGCUCAGAGUCGAGGGUUUCACUGAGCAUCAGAGUGAAGUGAGCAGACUGAAGACAGCCCACAGGCAGCUGAGUGAGGAGAUGAACCAGUUCAGAGCAACCAACCAGAACCUCUCCAAGACCCUGGAGGACACCCAGAACAACAACACGGUGCUGUCUGGUAAACUGGAGGACACUGAGAACGAGCUCACCUCUGAGAAAAAGAACACUCUGAAACAAGACAAAACCAUCCAGGGACUCACUCUGCUGCUCAAGGAGAAAGAAAAAGAGAUUGAAGAGCUGUACCAUGAGAUUGAGGACAGGGACGAGGUUUUAGUCAAAGCCAGGGAGACGGCGCACAAAGCCCAGCUCCACAAAUACCAGGGUGUGGAGGAGCACCAGAACCUUUUGAUGGAGAAGCAGGAGGAGCUGGCCCAGCUCCAAGGGGAGCACCAAACCAAGCUGCUGGAGGCCCAGAAGCUGCAGCGCUCCCUGGGCAGGCAGAAGCAGGAGCUGUCCGACCUGCAGCAGGCCAAGGAGCAGCUGGACCAGGAGCUGGAGGAGUUGCAGCAGCAGAAGGUCGAGGCCCUCAAUGAGGUGCAGAACCAGCUGAAGAAACUGACCGGGGAGCUGGGCGAGAGGGAGAGCGGCCUGAAGCAGCAGUACCAGGAGCUGCUGGAGCAGACCAAGAGGAGGCUUCAGGGCCAUGAGGUCACCAUCCAGCGCCUCACCACUUGCCUGACCGACAAGGAUCGGCAGCUGCAGGAGUACAUGAACAUAACGAGAGACAUGGAACAGAGCAGAAGUCCUGGGGGAAGCGACACCAUGCUGUCGAAGCUUCGAGAACAACUGAAACAGAAAGAGAAGGCUCUGGAGGAAGCGCUGGAUGAUAAGUUUGCGGCUCUAGAAGAGAAAGACAACGAGAUCCACCAGCUGCACCUGUCACUCAGGGAGAAGACGAGGGACCUGGAGAGACUCAACAAACUGCUGUCUUACAAUGAGGACACCAUCAAUAGUUUUGACACGUUGAUAAAGGAGAAGGACGUGGAGCUACAGUACCUUGUGAACAUGCUGAAAAACCUGCAGCAGGCCAAGCAGGACGUGGAGGACAACCUGAACUGGGCCUGCAAGGAGAAGGAUGCCAUCAUUAGCCAGCUGCAGCUCUGCCUGGAGUGCAAGACCAAGGACAUGGAGGAGAUGGCGAAAGCCUUGCUUAGUCAGUCCCAGUCUCAGGCCUGUGACCUUGCAGAGCAGAUGGGUCAGAGGUUAAAGGUGACAGAGUCCAUGCUGGCGGAGGCAGUCAAGGCCCGGGAGAGGCUGGUGGAGAACAACAAGAGCACCGUGGAGGGUCUGCUGUCCACCAUCAGCAGCAACGACCAGCUGCUCAAUGAGUCAGAGGAGCACUAUAACCGCACACUGUCUGAGCGCACCCAGGAGAUCCAGGAGCUGAAGCGACAGCUGUUCGUCCGGCAGCAGCAGCUGGCCGUGGCAGAGAAACAGAGUUCUGAGGCAACACAGGAGGGUUACCUGGAGACUGCCGAGCUCAGGGCCCUGCUGACAGAGAAGGACUCCAUCAUCAACAAACUUCUGGAGCGUGGGCAGGAGAGAGACCAGUUCCUGGCUGAGUUAGGGCAGAAGGAGCCUGCACCGCCCCAGGUGAUGGAAAUCAGACAGACCAUCAAAGUUCUGCAGGAGAGGCUGGAGGAGAGGGAAGCGCAGCUCUCCAAGAAGAACAACGAGGACAACAUGGAGAAGGUCCCUCUCACCAAGAAUACUCUGGUCAUCCUGAAGAAGGAGCUAGCUCAGAAGACUGAUGCUCUCAACAAGGCUCUGAAGAGGGAGAAUGACCUCAAAGUGAACUAAAAGAACACACAAACACCCCUGCUCAUUCAAGAUGUCCCUAGCUGAUCUCGAGUCAGUGUUGUCAGAGCUGAAGGAGCGUAUCGAGGUCCAGGCGGUCAGUAUAGACUCCCUCACCACCACCCUUGGGACCAAAGACAAGAUUAUAAAUGAGUGGAUGGCCAGUGGCAUCUUCACACACUCAUACACACAUUCAAACAGGCUCAUUAGGUUACCUGGAGCCAUUUGGGUUCACGGGUAGCUUUCAUAGGGUUAAUCCAUUUGACUAACCUUGAACUGAACUUAUCCAUCACCACCUGUUCUACUCUUGAGCGUGGCUUUAAAGUUGAAACCAUGUAUUGCAUUCGUUGUAAAUUGUAAAAGGAAAUUGGGUGAACAUGUCUGGGCAAUACAUUUACUUCAAUACGUUUGUUUUUUCAACCCUUUGUUUGUUCCCUGGCCUGUUGGGGAGUGACGGACUCCAUCCUAGCUCUAAUUUUAUCUACUAACAUAGACAGGGCACUAACUCCUCUAGCUCCACAAUGAAAUAGGAUGCUGGCCAGGCAGCAGGCUGAAAGCCAGCCUGCCAGCUUAGUGGAGUCUGCCACUAGCACAGUCAGCGUAGUCAGCUCAGCUAUCCCCAUUGAGACUGUUUCUGUGCCUCGACCUAGGUUGGGCAAAACUAAACAUGGCGGUGGUCGCCUGAGCAAUCUCACUAGAAUUCCUGCCAUUAUUGAAAGAGAUCAUGAUACCUCACAUCUCAAAAUAGGGCUACUUAAUGUUAGAUCCCUCACUUCAAAGGCAGUUAUAGUCAAAGAACUAAUCACUGAUCAUAAUCUUGAUGUGAUUGGCCUGACUGAAACAUGGCUUAAGCCUGAUGAAUUUACUGUGUUAAAUGAGGCCUCACCUCCUGGUUACACUAGUGACCAUAUUCCGCGUUGUUCCUGCAAAGGCGGAGGUGUUGCUAACAUUUACGAUAGCGAAUUUCAAUUUACAAAAAUACCCCGACGUUUUCGUCUUUUGAGCUUCUAGUCAUGAAAUCUAUGUAACCUACUCAAUCACUUUUUAUAGCUACUGUUUACAAGCCUCCUGGGCCAUAUA